AUGGCUGGAUUUCCUCUUCCUCAGGAGAUCUUCUCUGUAAUCGCGUCGUACCUCUCUUUCUCGGCGCUCAGUGACUGGAUCAAGCUCUUCGUCGUUGGCGGAGCGCUCGAGACAUGUCGGCGCUACCUGUUUACCUGGUGGGACUCCUUCCUCGAGACGUUCUGGCUCGUCGCCACAAUUGAUCAAAAUCAGGAUCAAGACGCCUACCGCUGGGUCCUUUACUGGCUUUCGCACCAAAAGUUCUGGAAUGCUGCCCGAGUGGUCGACGUGAGCACGAGCGAGCAGUUUGGGCUCGAAGCCACCGAAGAGGAUGAGGACGAAGAGACCAGCUCCUCUCGCAAGCUUACCUAUCUCCCGGAUCUAUCGAAGUCUUACAAGAUGUGGUACAAGGGGCGUUAUAUGGUAGUGACAAGGGAGUCGCGUUGGUCUACCAUGCAACUAAGCAUCUUCUCACGGGACCGUGCGGUGCUGCACAACUUCAUGGAGGACGCCAGGCAAUUGUACAAAGCUGCAGAGAAGAAAUGUGUUUCCAUAUAUGCAGCCGAUACUGGCGGUUUCUGGAACUUCAUGACGGCUCGCCCCAAGCGGCCCUUGACAUCGAUUAUCAUGGACCCAGGCGUCAAGGAGCGGCUGCUCAACGACGCGCGCAACUUCCUCGCCAGUCGGAAAUGGUACUCUGACAGAGGCAUCCCAUAUCGCCGCGGCUAUCUCCUGUACGGUGCCCCUGGGUCUGGAAAGACCUCUGUGAUCCACAGCAUUGCUGGCGAGCUAGGCCUGGAUGUCUACAUCGUGACAGUCAGUCGCGCAGGCAUGGACGACACCGCCCUGACCGAGCUCAUCUCGAACAUGCCCCGCCGCUGCAUUGCGCUCAUGGAAGACAUCGACGCCGCCUUCAAACGGGGCGUCACGCGAGAGCUUUUGCCAGAGAGCGGGUCGAUGUCUCCUCGAGGGGGCGAACAGAAGAAGGACGGAGAUGACGACGACAAAGGUCCGAAACCGGUGGAGGAGGCCGCGUCUCGUGUCACUCUCAGUGGCUUGCUCAAUGCGCUGGAUGGCAUCGGCGCGCAAGAGGGACGCAUCCUGUUCGCAACCACCAACAACUACAAGGCACUCGACCCCGCGCUAUGCCGCCCCGGAAGGAUGGACCUUCACGUCGAGUUCCGCCUUGCCAGCCGGUAUCAGGCGGAGAAUCUAUACAAGUCAUUCUUCACGGAGGAGGAUAAGCCACAAGGGGAGACUAGUUCUGACGACGUCGCCUCAGAGAAGCUUCUCGGGUCCGUACCCCCGUCUCCUCCCGCCACGCCGCCCCCUGCGUCACCAGACCUCCUCGCGUCGCCCGCGCCCGAUGCGCGCCAGCCAAACCCAUCAGACAGCUUCUCUAUACCGGUCACUCUCUCGAAAAGAGAAGGGUGCGAACUUGCCGCGCGUUUUGCGAACAUCAUACCCGAGCGACAAUUCUCGAUGGCCGGCCUACAGGGAUACCUCAUGCUGUACAAGAGCGACCCCCGUGCCGCCGUGGUCGAUGCACCUGCGUGGGUCAAGGAGGAGAUGGCUCGGAUGGGGACCCAGGGUGGUCGCCUAGCGGAAGCGCCGCUUACAUCUGGGGUGGUACGAUUGGACUGA